AUUCAAUAAGUGUGUUCCAACGGAUGAUUUAAAAUUUCGAUCUUCUUACGCAAAAAACUUAAAUUUAUUGCAAAAUUGUACCCAUUAGGCAUACUUUAAACUUUCAGUUAAUAUUCUUGAUCUUAUACAAACAUUUUUUAUCGAAAAAACGUUGUUCAGUUAAUUCUCAAAACAUGUCUGAAAAUCCAUCAACUCGAAUAAAUUCGUAUAAAAACAAUUCAAAGAGUUCUCAAGAAAUGCGGCAACGACGACAAGAAGUUUCUAUUGAAUUGCGCAAGGCGAAAAGAGAUGAUCAAUUACAAAAGCGACGAAAUAUUGAAACUGUUGAGCCGACUUCACCUUUGCAAGAAAAUAAUGGGCAGUCUCCAAUUAUUAAUUUAUCUAUUGAUGAAAUAACAGGCAAUAUUAAACAUAGCAAUCCAACGCUACAAUUUCAAGCAGUUCAGGCUGUGCGAAAAAUGCUUAGUCGGGAAAAAAAUCCUCCUAUAGACACUAUCAUUGGUUUAGGGUUUGUACCAACCCUAAUCAACUAUCUUGGUGAUUUUGAAAAUCAAGCAAUCCAAUUUGAAGCUGCAUGGGCAUUAACAAAUAUUGCUUCAGGCACAUCAGAGCAAACAAAAGCAGUAAUAAGUGCUGGAGCUAUUCCAAAAUUUAUUGCUUUGCUUUGCUCUCCGGUUCCGAAUGUUGCUGAGCAAGCCGUUUGGGCUCUAGGGAAUGUUGCUGGGGAUGGACCGGAGGCUCGGGAUAUUGUUUUGGCAAAUGGAGUUGUUGAAUGUUUGCUUCAAUUAAUAAGAUCUGAUACUUUGGAAUUGUCAUUUUUACGUAAUAUUGUUUGGCUGAUGUCUAACUUGUGUCGAAAUAAGAAUCCAACUCCAUCAUUUGAUAAAGUUAAGCUUUUACUGCCAGCUCUUGCCAAUCUUUUAGAUCAUAACGAUAAAAUGAUUCUCUCUGAUGUCUGUUGGGCAUUAUCAUAUGUCACCGAUGAUACGACUGAAAAAAUCCAGGCUGUUGUUGAUUCUGGUUGUAUUCCUCGCUUAGUUUGGCUUCUUGGAUGUGAUGAUCCUGCUAUUGUCACACCAGCAUUACGUUCUGUUGGUAAUAUUGUCACUGGUGAUGACACACAAACUGACAUUGUCUUGAAAUGCAAUGUUUUGGCAUGCUUAGAAAAUCUCUUCAAUCACAAAAAGAGUAACAUCAUUAAGGAAGCUGCAUGGACAGUAAGCAACAUUACAGCUGGCAAUCAACAUCAAAUUCAGCAAGUGAUUGAAUCAGAUAUAUUAUCAUCAAUUCUGCAUGUUCUUCGUUGUGGGGAUUUUAAAGCACAACGUGAAGCUGUUUGGGCAGUUACAAACAUCACUAGUGGUGGUACAAGUGCUCAAAUAAUUCAAAUGAUUGAGAAAUAUCCAGUCAUUAAACCUUACACUGAUCUUUUGCUUUCCAAAGAUGCUCGAACAGUUGUCGUCGUACUCAAUGGACUCCAAGCUUUGUUUCGUGUUGCUGAAGCAGCCAAUGGAUUAAAGAAUUUCUGUAUAAUGCUUGAAGAACUUGGUGUAGUUGACAAACUUGAAGCUUUACAGACACACGAAAAUCAAGAAAUUUAUGAAAAAUCCUACAAAAUUAUCGAAGCAUAUUUUUCUGAUGGCGAUGAUGAGGAUGAAAAGAAGUUGGCACCAAAAGUUAAUGCUGAUUCUCUUGAAUUCAGCUCUCACUCUGGUGGUGCUGGUAGUGGAAACAACUUCAAUUUUUAAACUUUUAAGUUUGUUGCUUAUUCAAAAAUCAUUGCUAAUUUUUUCCUAAUUCAAUUUAUAUCAAAAAUUUCAAUUAGAUAUGAUCCUUAAUCAUGCCUACCUUCAGUGAAUCAAAUAAAUAAUAUGUUGAGUUGUUAUGAAUAAAUAAUAAAUUCAGCAAUAACUAGAUAUUCUAAGUACAAAUUUAUAUAAAAUUCCAG